AAAUACAUAAAAACACAUAAAGUCCUCACUUCUUCUACAAUAUCUGAUUUCAUUCACAAUCACAAGAACCUUUAAGAAGACUUACAAUCAAAUACCCCUUCACUACAAUUACACCAGAAUCAAUACGUUCACAAGAACAUAAUAUACACAAUGUCUUCACCAAACGUUCUCUCAAACAAAGACGUCAAUAUCUCAGCUAUGAAUCAAGUCAACAGUGUAGUUGAUGAGAAGAAGACUCCAAUUGGUGCUGACCCUCAUUCGAUGGAAUAUCAUCGUCAAGUUUUGCAGAAUAAGAUGCAACAGAAUGGGGGUCAAGAGGAGAAAUAUAUCUCCCCAUCAGAUACUAUCCAAUCGCCAACUACUGCCAAAUUGUCGGCUUAUCGCAACAAACAAGUUGGAAAGAACACCAAACCUCGCUCUCUCUUCGCAAAAACCUCUGCCAAAAAACUUGCCGCAAGUGGUCCACUCUUCGGCAAAGAUAUCUCAAGCCCAAAACAAACCACAAACGAUAAUGCCGGCAAUGCUAUGCAAGAAUAGAUUUUUCAAUCUCUAGCCAUGAGAUGGGAUUAAAUUUUUGUGUUUGCACGGUAGCGGUUUCGAUAAAGAGGCGUAUAAGUAUCACGUACUCUCGGUUUGUUUUUGGUUUUUGACUUUGGUUCUGGUUUUGGUUAUUUUCGGUCGGCAAGUCAUUGGACAAUAAUGCGCAUAUUAUCAAGUGAAGGAUAUUGUGACAAAUUGGUUUAUUGUUAGGCAGGGGUUUGGAUGGAGAAAUAAGGAAAGGAAAGGAGAACUCUUAUGAUUGUGUAUUUCUACUUUGUCUCCACAUCUGCGGAUGUCUUUGGAGGGUAGGGUGGUUUUGGGCACCGCGUGAUGGACCUGGAUAUCACAUUUAUGCGAGGGACACAUGAGAAUGGUACACUUCCUGGCUAGGAAAUCAAAGUACUGGCUGAGUUGGGGAUAUCAUGACUCAACUGUCUUCGUACGUCUGGGUAUUGAUCAUGAGGCGUUUUGGGAUACUAUUUCCUUUCUUCCUCUUCUUUCGAUAGUUGUAUUAUUUCUUCAGUGGGAUGGAUAUCAAAAGGAAAGGCUUUUGGUAAUCUAGUUAAGAUUAGAUGAGUUAAUUUAAUGAGAAUUUUCUCUUUCUCUAUUUUAUAUUUGAACAUGUUUUAUACAAUUGUGCUACCGUCAUGGGUUGUAGGAUA